GAUGUGACGUCAAACACUAGAAGAUUCUUGUUAUUUCCGGAUUCUUCGCUGCUUGUUGUCACAUCAGCUCGAUACAGCGUCUCAUCCUGACAAAAGUGCACCAAAGACAGAGCAGUUGGCUCUGGCAGUUGAAACACAAGCUUGCCUGUGAUUGAAGUUGGUGGUCCUCUGAAGUCAUGGUGGACUAUUAUCAAAUUCUAGGAGUGCAGAAAACAGCAUCUCCAGAUGACAUAAAAAAAGCUUACAGGAAACUAGCUCUCAGGUGGCAUCCAGAUAAGAACCCAGAUAAUAAGGAGGCGGCAGAACAUAAGUUUAAAGAACUUUCAGAGGCUUAUGAAGUCCUUUCAGAUGCAAACAAAAGGAACAUAUAUGAUCGAUAUGGCAAAGAAGGCUUAGCAGGAGGUGGAGGAGGAGGAGGUGGUCAUUAUAAUGGUGACCACUUUGGAGGAUUCACAUUCCGCAAUCCAGAUGAUGUCUUCAGGGAAUUCUUUGGUGGACAUGAUCCAUUUGCAGAAUUCUUUGGGGGAGAUCCAUUUGGUGAUGACUUCUUUGGUGGUGGUCGGAGGCAUCAGCGGGGCAUGAGCAGGAGCCGGACAGGCGGGUCGUUUUUCGGGGGCUUUGGUGGCUUCCCACCUUUUGGGGCGGGAUUUUCAUCUUUUGAUGCAGGUUUCAGCCCCUUUGGGCAUAUGGGAGGAGGUGGCUUUACCUCGUUCUCAUCAACCUCAAUAGGUGGAGGGGGAGGCGGCGGAGGAGGCAUGGGCAACUUUCGCUCUGUGUCAUCCUCCACUAAAUUCAUCAAUGGCAGGAAAAUCACUACAAAAAGAAUCAUAGAGAAUGGACAGGAACGAGUAGAAGUGGAAGAAGAUGGACAGUUAAAAUCUCUAACCAUAAAUGGUAAGGAACAGCUCCUGCGAUUGGAACACAAGUAAGAUAAUGGAGCCCUUUCAGCACAAAUUUGAGCUAAAAAACAAAACAAUGUUAGUACUGUUGUUCAGAUGUCUGUACAUUUAGUUUUUCUGCUUGUUUGUUGGUUUGUUUGUUUUCCUUUUUUAUUAUUUGUAGAUCGUCAAGAACAGUUUUUGCUAAUAUAUUUAUAAACGGGACUGUCAGUAUUUUGCGCAGUGUGCGUGAAUGUUUACUUUUAUUUGGGACCAUAAUGUUAGAUGAGUUUUUCUUUCCGCAAGCACUUUGCUGUGUUGCAGUGUCCUCAUGAAUGCACAUUGCCUUUUGAAUAGUGCUUUUGGGCUUAAAGGAAUAAGAGAAUUGUGCUUUGUGCAUGACUUUCAUUACUGAGUGUGGAAUUGGAAUACAUAACUUACUGUUCAAAUCUAAUGGCAACUUGUCUAAUUUGUUUGUUAAACAUAAUCUUUGUAAAUGCUGGUAGAGUGAUCCAUUGUACUGAUAUGCAAUUUGUAUUAACUUUUUUUCCCCUCAUUGUUGCAUGCAAGACAACAAAUGUUGUUUAUAGUCGUAAUGUUAUUACUAAAUAACCUGAUGAGAAUCAGAGUUGAUCAUACAACUGAUAUAUGAACAUUCAAGGAACUUUGUGUACUUUGUAAAAAAAAAAAAAAAAAAAUGAACCUAAAUAAAAGAGUUUCAUCCUUUUUGGGGAUGUGGCA